AUGGAAGUAGAUUCUCUUCUGGAACAAGAUGAAGAGAAGAACGUGCAUCCAGCUUUGUUCAGGACGGAAAUCCAACUGACUUCUUCAACUGGCAAGGCCAGGAAUGAGACCACAGGCUCCAGUAGCCUCUCCCUGGAACGCCACCUGCAGAGAUCCAAUUUAAGAAGUCAGAGAACACUAAAUAUUUUCAAUGUCCAACAACAAUUAAAAUAUAUCCGGUGCUGGUACGACAAGGACGGACGGCUGCUCCAGGAGUUUAACAAAAUUGAACCUCCCCUGAUUUUUGAGUGUAACCAGGCAUGCUCCUGCUGGAGGAACUGCAAGAACCGGGUGGUGCAGAGCGGCAUCAAGGUACGACUGCAGCUCUACAGGACAGCCAAGAUGGGCUGGGGGGUCUGCGCCCUGCAGACCAUUCCCCAGGGGACCUUCAUCUGCGAGUAUGUGGGGGAGCUGAUCUCUGAUGCUGAGGCCGAUGUGAGAGAGGAUGAUUCUUACCUCUUCGAUUUGGACAACAAGGAUGGAGAGGGCAUCGAUGCCCGUUACUACGGGAACAUCAGCCGCUUCAUCAACCACCUUUGCGACCCCAACAUCAUCCCUGUCCGGGUUUUCAUGCUGCACCAAGAUCUGCGGUUUCCACGCAUUGCCUUCUUCAGUUCUCGAGACAUCCGGACCAGGGAGGAGCUAGGGUUUGACUAUAGUGACCGCUUCUGGGAUAUCAAAAGCAAAUAUUUCACCUGCCAGUGUGGCUCUGAGAAGUGCAAGCACUCAGCUGAGGCCAUCGCCCUGGAGCAGAGCCGCCUGGCCCGCUUGGACCCCCACCCUGAGCUGCUGCCUGAGCUUGGCUCCCUAGCCCCUGUCAACCCCUGA